AUAUUGUACACGGCUUGACCUUUCUCUUCUACCAUCAGUUACUCACCACGCCAGCGCUCACGACCAGCAGCACAUUUUUUGGUAAAUUUUUCCAGGAUAAAACAUGGACGAAGAUGUAGAUAUGGACGCUCCUCAGAUUUCAACUCUCAGGGAAGAUACCACUCCUCCUCCGCCCUCUCGAACUUCCAAAUUCCGAGUAAAGUUACUGGUAACCGAGAAGAAGGGCAAGGGCAAGUCGUCCUCACCUAGUGUAGCAACUACCAACAAGAAGGCUGUUCCACUACCACCUCCACCCCCACCCCCACCGCCUGCCCCGCAGGCACGUGCGCAUAGUGAUGAUGACGUUGAAGAGGAGGACGAGGAGGACCAACUCAUUGACGACGAAGACGAAUUACAACAGUCUGUUUCUACCCCUGCCAUUACUGGUGGUACCAAGCGGAAGGCGCCAGCAAGGAAGCCAAAACCACGGAAGAGUGAAAAGCAGGACAAGGACCUCGACAAAAAACCCCAUGAAACAGGCGAGGAAGUCGAUGCGCAGGAUGUCAGUGCACCCGCAGUUGCUGAUAAACCCCCUCCGAAGAAAAGAGCAGCACCCCGCAGGCCUGCUGCUGCUCAACGGUCCAGAGCCAAGGCACCUCCCAAGGCGGCGAAGGUCUUGGUAGUGCCUUCGUUGGAUGAAGGAGCGCUGAGUGAAUCAUACGCUGGAACCGCACCCUCAUCACCACUUCCUCCUACUCGUGAGGGGGGUUCGGAACAUGAGGACGCAGAAAAUGUUCCUCCCCCUCUAGCCGAGGGUACAACAGAAAUUGCACCCCUCCCUGUCUACCCUCUACCAUCCAAACCAUUCCCAGUGCAACCACCCCCAAAGAUUGGAGCAGGCUUCGCACCCAUGUUACCCCUCGACCGAAGCGGAAACAAAAUCCGUCGUUGGAGAACCGCAAACCGUGAAAUACGGGGCAUUGCAGGCGGGCGAUGGUUCGCUAGAACAUGGGUUGGUGAUAAAGAGUCUGAAUAUGCCAAUGCAGCCGCAGCUUCACAUAAAAAUGGCGAUACAGACAAGAUUACGACGCCGAAAGGCGGCGGCUCGAUAUCUGCGCCGUUACUUGGAAAAGGGUCUAGCAAAUCUAAGGUGGCCCGUGCUAUGUCGGGCAUAUCGGCUGCACCUUCACGAGCAGGGUCUAUUAUUGCUGAUCAUCACCCUGUGAAAGCGCCUUCGAAGAUGCGUAAUAUUGUUGCUGGGCCGGCGUCUGAAGAAGGCAAUGAUGCUCCCGUACAGAACACGCCAGAACAGAUGGAGUCAUAGAUGGC